AUGAAGCACAAACACGCUCAGACCCACGAUGAAGUCAGUGCGGAACCUGAGCUUAGCUACGAUGUCAUGGGAACUGGUCCAUUCAAGCUGUUCGAUCAGCUCAAGACGUUCACGUACCGUCCUUCCGUUGAAUCCUCCAACCCGCGCACCUCAAACCAACGGCGAUAUGUCAAGAUCUCGGAGUUCCAGCCGCGGGUCUCUUGCGAAACAGACAGCAACACCACCGCAAAGGACGCAGCAGUUCAAGAGGAAGAAUGGUGGCAGAAAUGCCCAGUGCUACUUCUGUUGCUGCUGGUGCUGUUGGAUAGUCCUCACCUUAGUCGCCUUAUCCUGUGGCUCCAUCCUCCUGAUGGCUGCCUCUCUUCCAUUGCCGGAGUCGGAGCCGCUCACCUCCUAGACUGGGGCCGAAAGCACAAAAUCCGUUGUUGCCUGAUCAAGCCAACGUGGGGCCUCCGCUCAUCCAGCAGUUUUUCCACAGGCCCUUCUUUUCCAAUCUCUUUCCAUCUUCCUUCGAUGAAGAUAUCCACCAUGCCAGACUUAAUCAACACCGUUUCUCAGGUCGCUUUAUCCCUUGUCGCCAUCGGAAACCCCCUUCAGGCGAUGGUCCAAUCAGUGCCCCGUCCUGGCUCAGGAGAGGUCUUGAUCUGCGUCGAAGCCACUGGUCUCCUAGCCCUUGAUCAAAAACUCCGCGACUUCGGCGUUUUCAAUAUUGCUUCCCGCCUUCACUUGGUGCUCGGCAUCGAUAUCGUCGGCACGGUCGUCGAAUACGGGAUGUCGAUUGCUCCAAGGAAAUCUUCGUCGACCGCAUGCCGGCGUCUUGGCCCCGUACGUUGUCGCCGAUUCUCGACUCUUGAUUCCCGUCCCAGGGGCAAUGUCGUCCCUCAAGCUGCAACACUAAUCACCAACCCCUUCACUGCGGCUCUUUCUCUGUUCCACUCGUCUGGCCUGGGGGUUCCCUUUCCUAGCACUGAUACGACCUUCGAGUACCAAAAAGCCCAUGUCAUUGUCCUUGGCGCGGGCACAAACGUCAGCACUCUCAUCGUUCGACUAGCGGCGAUUGCGGGCAUCGGAACCAUCAUAGCCACCUCUUCCAAGGCCUCCUUUGCAACACCCCAAACCCUUGGGGCAACUCAUGUCAUAGACCGGUCCUCCUCUUCUAUUCCGUCUGAUGUUCAGACCAUUCUCGGUUCUCUUCCUUUGAAUGUCGUGGAGACAUAUGCGUCUGGCCAUCCCACUCUAGCCGCUUCUCUUUUCAUUCCCACCAGUGUUUCGAAAACCAUCGUCAUGUUGUCCUCCUCAGCCGGUGCCGACAUUGAUGCCUUAGCUGAAAGGGGUAUUUCUUUGCGCAACGUCUAUGGCUCCUUCGAGGCCCAUCUUGGUAUGUUCCAAUCCUGGGCCGUGGCUCUUACCAAGUGGUUGUUGUCUGGCGAGUUGGAGGCCCCCUCUCAUGUAGUAAUCCCCAGUGUCGACCCGCACCUCGUCAACGCCGCACUCGAUGACAUCGGGAAAGGUGAUGGAUCCCACGGCGGCAGGGCAAAGUGGGUGUGGGAGAAUGCCUCCUGA